GAAGAAGGGCGUGGUUUUGUGAAGUCAGUUCCGGUCGGUGUAAAACCCCCGGGGCGGCGGCGAACGGGCUUCAGACGCUUCUGGGUCGCGGUGGGGCAGCGCUCUGGUCUGGCUGUGCUUGAGAGUGGAAGAGCCCAACGCCACAGCGACCCGGAGAGGGAUGGCGGCCACCAGGACCGCGGCCGCUGCGGCCACCGGGAAGCUUCUUGUCUUGCUGUUGCUCGGGCUCACGGCGCCCGCUGCGGCUCUGGCUGGCUACAUCGAGGCUCUUGCAGCUAAUGCUGGAACAGGCUUUGCUGUUGCUGAACCUCAGAUUGCGAUGUUCUGUGGGAAGCUGAAUAUGCAUGUGAACAUUCAGACUGGGAAAUGGGAGCCUGACCCAACAGGCACCAAGAGCUGCCUUGGAACAAAGGAAGAAGUUCUUCAGUACUGCCAGGAGAUAUAUCCAGAGCUGCAGAUCACAAAUGUGAUGGAAGCAAACCAGCCAGUCAAUAUUGAUAGUUGGUGCCGAAGGGACAAAAAGCAGUGCAAGAGUCACAUUGUUAUACCAUUCAAGUGUCUUGUGGGUGAAUUUGUAAGUGAUGUUCUGCUAGUACCAGAAAACUGCCAGUUUUUCCACCAAGAGCGAAUGGAGGUGUGUGAGAAGCACCAGCGCUGGCACACCGUAGUCAAGGAGGCGUGUCUGACUGAGGGGAUGACCUUAUAUAGCUAUGGCAUGCUGCUGCCCUGUGGGGUAGACCAGUUCCAUGGCACCGAGUAUGUGUGCUGCCCUCAGACAAAGAUUGUUGACUCUGACUCGACUAUGUCCAAAGAAGAGGAGGAAGAGGAAGAAGAUGAAGAGGAUGAAGAGGAAGACUAUGAUCUUGAUAAAAGUGAAUUUCCUACUGAAGCAGAUUUGGAAGACUUCACAGAAGCAGCUGCAGAUGAUGAAGAUGAAGAUGAGGAUGAGGAGGAAGGGGAGGAAGUGGUGGAAGACCGAGAUUACUACUAUGACUCCUUUAAAGGAGAUGAUUACAAUGAGGAAAACCCAACUGAACCCAGCAGCGAUGGCACCAUUUCAGACAAGGAGAUUGCUCACGAUGUGAAAGCUGUCUGCUCCCAGGAGGCCAUGACGGGGCCCUGCCGGGCUGUGAUGCCUCGUUGGUACUUCGACCUCUCCAAGGGAAAAUGCGUACGCUUUAUAUAUGGCGGCUGCGGCGGCAACAGGAACAAUUUUGAGUCUGAGGAUUAUUGUAUGGCUGUGUGUAAAGCGAUGAUUCCCCCGACUCCCCUGCCAACCAAUGAUGUUGAUGUGUAUUUUGAGACCUCAGCUGAUGAUAAUGAGCAUGCCCGUUUCCAGAAGGCUAAGGAGCAACUGGAAAUUCGACAUCGCAACCGAAUGGACAGGGUAAAGAAGGAGUGGGAAGAAGCAGAACUUCAAGCCAAGAACCUCCCCAAGGCCGAAAGACAGACCCUCAUUCAGCAUUUCCAAGCUAUGGUUAAAGCUUUAGAGAAGGAGGCAGCCAGUGAGAAGCAGCAGCUUGUGGAAACCCAUCUAGCCCGAGUGGAAGCCAUGCUGAAUGACCGCCGUCGCAUAGCUCUGGAAAAUUACCUGGCUGCCCUGCAGUCUGACCCACCUCGGCCACAUCGAAUUCUUCAAGCUCUUCGACGUUACGUCCGUGCCGAGAACAAAGACCGCCUGCACACCAUUCGUCAUUACCAGCAUGUGUUGGCUGUUGACCCAGAAAAGGCUGCCCAGAUGAAAUCCCAGGUGAUGACACACCUCCAUGUGAUUGAAGAAAGAAGGAACCAAAGUCUUUCUCUGCUCUACAAAGUUCCUUAUGUGGCUCAAGAAAUUCAAGAGGAAAUUGAUGAGCUCCUUCAGGAACAGCGAGCAGAUAUGGACCAGUUUACCUCCUCCAUCUCAGAGAACCCUGUGGAUGUCCGGGUGAGCUCUGAGGAGAGUGAGGAGAUCCCGCCGUUCCACCCUUUCCAUCCCUUCCCAUCCUUGUCUGAGAAUGAAGACACUCAGCCGGAGUUGUACCACCCAAUGAAAAAAGGAUCUGGAAUGGCAGAGCAAGAUGGGGGACUGAUUGGUGCAGAAGAAAAAGUGAUUAACAGUAAGAAUAAAAUGGAUGAAAAUAUGGUCAUUGAUGAGACUCUGGAUGUUAAGGAAAUGAUUUUCAAUGCUGAGAGAGUUGGGGGCCUUGAGGAAGAGCCGGAAUCUGUGGGACCUUUAAGGGAGGACUUCAGUUUGAGCAGCAAUGCCCUUAUUGGCUUGCUGGUUAUUGCAGUGGCCAUUGCUACGGUCAUCGUUAUCAGCCUGGUGAUGCUGAGGAAGAGGCAGUACGGGACCAUCAGCCAUGGGAUUGUGGAGGUUGACCCAAUGCUCACCCCAGAAGAGCGUCACCUGAAUAAGAUGCAGAACCAUGGUUAUGAAAACCCAACCUACAAAUACCUGGAGCAGAUGCAGAUUUAAGGACAGCAUGUGUAACACCCUGGCUGAGGCUACUGCAGGUGGGCUGGAAGAGGCUCAGUGUUUGUGCUUGACUGCUGACCACCAGUGGUGCCAGAAGCCCUCAUCCUACAUCCUGCUCUCCUGGAUUGUUAAGACUAUAAAGUACUACUGUAGGAUUGCAAUUUCCAUUCUUUUAAAUGGGUUUAAAAGAUGUUAAUAUAACAAUAUAUGAUAUAUAAACCUUAAGUGAAAUGAAAAAAAAAAGAUCUAUUGCAGAUAUCUGAUGGAUGUAGUUUUCUUUUUUUAAGUUAGAAAUGACACUUCUAUUGUAUUGUCUCACACAUGCUCUAUAUAAAUGGAAAAUGUUGAUUUUUUUUUUUUUUUUUUUGAUGAUAGACUAUAUACACAGGCUGUUCCCGUUAUGUAAGUCAGUUCUUCAGGCUCAUUUGCUGUGCUGGUUUUAUUAUUAUUUGUUUUUAAUGUAUAAAGGCAGUAUUUCCCUUUUCAGGUUGCUGAGAAAUGUAAGUGGAGCUGAAGUACAUUGUAUACAGUUACUGUGUUAGGCAUAGUCUCUUUGGAAGCCUAGUGUUUUCAGUGCUGGGUGUCUGGGUGCUUCUGUACCAGCCAUCACCAAGCAGGGCUAAGGCACCUUGAGCUAGCCAGAUGCAAACAUAGAUCCACUGUGCUUUCCUUCAAAUCCAGUUCUUCCACAGCAACUAGCCCAUAGUCAGUCUGUGUCCUUCCACAGUUGUUUACGGUAGCGUUUUCCUGUCCACUUCCUUACCCAGUGCGUCCAGGUGUGCACCCACCUCCUCUUCCAAUGUCUGCUUCCCAUGCACUGACCCUCUGCCUGCCUUUGUACCUCACUCACCUCCACCGUUCUUCAGCCCCUUUGAUGUCUGCUCAGAGAAUACCGUAAUAAACAUGGCUGAGGACCCAGGAGAGUUCACGGGAGGCUUCGUUAUAUGACAGGACAAUGUUCUGGGUUGUACAUGAAAUUGGAUCUGUAGACACUGUGGAAAUCUUUGAAACUUUUGUUCCCUUCAUAUGAAUCUAUAAAGUCGAAUAGCUGAAGUGGAUGCUCACAGCCUUUAACGCUUUUGUUGCUUGUUUUGUUUUAAUCUCAAGGUUCUGGUAACCUGUUGUGUUUUUUUGUUUUGUUUUUUUGUAUUUUUUCUGUGAUUUCCCUCCCCUUCCUUUCCCCCCUUGGCCCUAGCCAUGCCUCUUCCCACUAUGCACAGAUUGAAACUUCACCUACAAACUCCUUAGUAUGAUCUGUGGAGAAUGUACAGAACUUAACUACAUCAAUAAACACUUUAACUUCCCCUGA